UCCACUUCACAGCCGCUCGUUACUACCAUUAAUCCUCUUCCUUCCUUCCUUCCUUCCUUCUGGAAUCAAUCAUCUUUCACAACCCAAAACAUUUCAAAAUCCUCUAUUAAUGGGAUUAGUUGGCCUUUGGGCGGCGAUGCCUCUAGCCUCCUUGAGUGAGUGUUUUUUCUCUCGAAAGUAGCGACGUCCUUCUUAGAUGCUGCUUGUAAACUGUAAAGGCUAUGCCUUUUACGAAAAUGAAAGUUUAAUCGUUCAAAGAACUGGAAGAACGAUCCGUCAACAUGGUCCCUUCAUUAAGAAGAAGUAAAAAAAAGCAUGUAAAUCAGGCAAUAGCAUAGCGUUGGUGCUUAGAAGUAGUAACAGUAUUUAUAACAUCCUUAAAACCCUAGUUCCACUUCAGUUUCACUGUCACUCUUCCAGUUAAACCCAACAAGGUGGCUCUCUCCACCAAAUCAAAUGCCCCUCUUUUCUCACCGCCACCCAUCCUCCUCCGCCAUCCCAACCACCAUCAAUCCCAAAACUUCAAAACCAUCGAAACCCAAUUUUAUACCUCCUUCAACCCGCUACCCUCUACCUCUUCUGGUCUUUUCACUCAUCUCCCUUCUCAUUGGACUUUCUGGCACAAUCUUCGCUAUCUCGGCGAUCCGCAGACCCAAACCUGUUCCUGUUUUUCGCUGUGGCAGAUCCGAGGACACUUUUCGAGCAUUUUAUUCGGGUUCGGGUAGAACCCGAGGUGAUGAUAACGGAGCAUUGAUUGACAGGCCUAAGCUUCUUGGGUUUGUGGGGAUUCAAACCGGGUUUGAAUCGGGUGAUCGCCGGGCUGCACUUAGAAGUACUUGGUUUCCUUCUGACCCAGAUGGACUUUUGAGGUUGGAGCAAGCUACUGGUUUAGCAUUUAGGUUUGUAAUAGGGCGCUCAAAGGAUGCAAAGAAAAUGGCCCAGCUUGAGAAAGAGGUGGAUAGGUACAGAGAUUUCAUGCUCAUAGAUGUCGAGGAAGAAUAUCUAAAGCUUCCAUACAAAACGUUGGCCUUUUUCAAGGCAGCCUUUAAGCUUUUUGAAGCAGAUUAUUAUGUCAAAGCUGAUGAUGAUAUCUAUUUGCGCCCAGAUCGCCUUGCAACUCUUCUCGCCAAGGAAAGAACCCACUCACUGACUUAUAUUGGAUGCAUGAAGAAAGGACCAGUGAUCACUGAUCCUAAAAUGAAAUGGUAUGAGAAAUCGGGACAUCUGAUUGGAAAUGAGUACUUCCUGCAUGCUUAUGGACCUAUAUAUAUUCUUUCUGCAGAGGUUGUGGCUUCAUUAGCAUCUGCUAGAAAUAACAGUUUGAGAAUGUUCAGCAAUGAGGAUGUCACCAUUGGAUCGUGGAUGCUUGCAAUGAAUGUUUAUCAUGAAGAUAACCGAGCCAUAUGUGAUCCCCGAUGCACUCCAACAUCUAUAGCAGUUUGGGAUAUUCCUAAAUGUUCUGGUUUAUGCAAUCCGGCUAGUCGGAUGAAGGAGCUUCACAAGAUUGAUAUGUGCUCUAAAAGUCCAACAUUGCCCCCUGAUGAUAGAUAGUGUCCAAUCAGCCAGAACUUAUGCUUGCAUAACACUGACGUAGCAAUAUAGGCUGUUUUUGAACAGGGUGCUGGGUUUCUGCAGGACAAGUAUCUUUCCCCAAAGAGCAAUAGGGGCUUUUGUAUUCUGCCAUUCUAUUCUCCAUGUAAAGACCGUAUAGCCAUGCAAUGCAUUAUCUUCAAGUUGCUAGAUAAGUUAAUAGCACUAUUAAAGGAGUGCUUGAUUCUUAAAACACCGAACAUGAGAAUCGAGUGUCGUUAGACACGUAGAAUACCAGCACCAUGGGAUUAUGGUCACUUGGGUCGGGAGACUCAUUUUGAGUUUGUUCUAGGAUUCAAGCGAGGGUAUCUGCCUGUACUAGUGAUCUGAUUACUGUUUUUUGGUUUGCCCAUACGAGUAUGGUGUAUAAUUUGUAUGUACUUUAAUUGUUAUAUCUCCACUGAAAUGAAAUCACACUGUUCUCUUUAA